AUGAAUGCGCCCAAAACUUCAAUGACUUUUCAUCAUAAUUCUCCUCCAUUGAUGAUCAUAACACAAGCAUUUUCCAUUUCUUUCUUCUUACUUCUUCACUCUCAUUCGCUCGCGCUCGCCCUUGUGGCACCAAGCAAAGAUGGUCCAUCCAGUUUAGUCAAUAGCGUUUGCAAAGGAACGACCCAAUGCAGUUACAAUGAUUGUUUAGCCGCUCUCGCGCUAGAUCCUAAGGCCUUGUCUACAACGAACGUGAAGUUGCUAGCGAAGACAGUGCUCAACUUGGCUAUAUCUAAUACCACGAACAGCCAAACAUACAUUGACAAGAUGGCGAAGAAGGAAAAAUCUUCACCGAGACUGAAAUCGGCACUCGAGUUCUGCGUUUCACAAUAUCAAUAUAGUGUGAAUUCAUUCAAAAGUGCUUUGCGCCAAUUGGAUGUAGAUCCAAUGACUGCAAAUUUUGAUGCAAAAAUUGCUUCUGACGGUGCAAAUUACUGUGCAGGCAGGCUGAAUUCUGAAGGUUUUCGAUCUCAAGAUGUGGAUUCAGUUAGGGUUAAAAUUAAUCAUGUGCUGAUUUAUAGUGACAUUGGUUAUACGGUUACCAGUAAGAUGGACUGA